ACGACACAGCAGAAGACAAAAAAAUCCACAAACUUGCGUCACUUCAAGAGAGGAUUUACAGCACACAGAGAGAACUUUCAAGUCACUGCUGACCAGAGACAGAAUUUUGAUUUUUGAGGAAAAUCCACAAAUCCACGAUGGUGUCUGCUGGGUUACAAAUGCUGGGUGCAGCUCUUGGCAUCUUUGGCUGGAUUGGCGCCAUCAUUGUGUGUGCCAUUCCCAUGUGGAAGGUCAGUGCUUUUAUUGGCAGCAAUAUCGUCACCUCGCAGACCACUUGGGAAGGCAUAUGGAUGAAUUGUGUCGUUCAGAGCACAGGCCAGAUGCAAUGUAAAGUCUACGACUCCAUGCUGGCCCUCUCUACUGACCUCCAGGCUGCCCGGGCCCUGACCAUCGUCGCCAUUUUGGUGGGCAUUAUGGCUAUCCUGCUCGCUAUGGCCGGGGGUAAAUGCACCAACUGUGUGGAAGAUCCAUCAUCUAAAACCAAGGUGGGCAUCGCAGCAGGAGUGAUGUUCAUCAUUGCUGGGAUCCUUGUCCUCGUCCCUGUCUGCUGGACGGCCCACACCAUCAUCCAAAACUUCUACAACCCCUUGUUGGUCAGUGGCCAGAAGAGAGACUGAAUAAGUAUGGCUUCCCAGGGCCUGCAGAUAAUGGGUGUGCUGCUUGCUUUCAUCGGCUGGCUUGGCACCAUCAUCACCUGCGCUCUUCCCAUGUGGAGAGUCACCGCUUUCGUUGGAGCAAACAUCGUCACUGCCCAGGUCAUUUGGGAAGGCUUGUGGAUGAACUGUGUGGUUCAAAGCACAGGCCAGAUGCAGUGUAAGGUGUACGACUCCAUGCUAGCUCUACCUCAAGACCUACAGGCUGCCAGGGCGAUGGUGGUCAUCUCUGUGAUAGUUGGAGUGUUUGGCGUCCUCAUGGCUGUGGUUGGAGGGAAGUGUACCAACUGCAUGGACGAUGAAGUGUCCAAAGCUAAAGCGUGCAUCGUCUCUGGAGUGAUCUUCAUAAUCGCAGCCUUUCUGAUCUUGAUCCCGGUGUCGUGGUCUGCUCAUGCAGUGAUCAGGGACUUUUACAACCCUUUGGUGAUCGCAGCUCAGAGGAGAGAGCUUGGAGCUGCGCUUUACAUCGGCUGGGGGUCCGCUGGGCUGCUGCUGCUAGGAGGAGGCCUGCUCUGCAACAACUGUCCCCCAAAAGACAGCAGACCCUACAUUCCUGCAAAGUUUGCCCCUGCAAGAACGGCAUCAUCAAAUGUGGACUAUGUGUGA